AUUGGCGACAAGCUUGCGGCCUCGACAUGGCCACUUCUUGCUACCCGCCCUCGCUGUCGAGCCUUGCAUCUGUCUCAUCGCACGCUUAUUCUGACGACGCACAGUCAGUGAUCCAGCUGAAUUCAAAGGCAGCCUCAAGCAUGGGAAGAAGGGACACAAGUAUAGAGCGAGAACUGCUCGACUCUGCCUUUGACGAGCGCUUGCUGGAUCUCAAGGCAAACCAAUUGUCGCCCACACGCAAACUAAGGCAGGUACAGUCAUUCGAUGUCCUCUCGCCGGCGAUACGGAGCACGCAAUUUGGACAGUCUAACCGGCAGCCGACCUCAAGCACGCUAGCAAGCACCAUGACUGCAUCUGGCUCAUUCUAUACCGCUCUGCAAGGCGGUUCGUCCGCUGAUGAAGCAUCUUUGCCCUCGUCAAUUUAUGCUACGCCCGCGUCCGCCAUACGACCCUCGCAUCAUGCUGGUCCAGAUCCACGUACAGAAUCACCUAGCAGGCUGCAGAGACGUUCGCUCUCUGUUGAGCUUGUCGACGCACAUCACGAAAUCGGCCGUUCGAGCACGCUGAAACGAUGGCAGGCGCACGAAAGCCCAAUCGUCACAGACGAAUCCCUCAAGCAUCGUCCUUCGUACGCAGAAAUGAUAGCAAAGCGCGAAGAGCAAGUCCGGCAACGUUAUCGAGAGGCCCAAGCUGCCAAGGGUGCCGAAGAAGUUGACGAUGCACCAGAUCAGAGUGAAGACUCGAGUGCGGACGUCGAUCUAGAUUUUGACUGGGAGCGCCCUGCAUGGCAAAAUAGCGUGCAUCGAUCGAGUGGCUCAGUACGAGCAGGCGAGGUCUUUUCAUCCGCUCGAACGCUCGCGCCCGGUCCACGAAUGUCUAAACGCUACAGUCGAUCUUCCGUCGAGCUCGGACGAAUGUACAGCUCAUCAUCGCGCGGCACCAUACGACCAAGUCCAGCACGCACCCGUACAUCAUCUCAUGACUUUGCCGUAUUGCUCGAACGUGCCCCUUCGCAAUGCUCACGAUGGACAGAUCAUUCCAGAUCGAGCACAGGUUGGAGCGUCAACAGGACUGCGCCACUUUCUGAUCAAUGGCCAGCUCGAGAUUCUGUCGACUAUGUAAGCGAACAUCCUCACAUUGCACGAAAAGCGUCAUCGACUUUCUCACUGCGCAAAGUCUUCACCGCUCGUCCUCGCGAAACCGGCAGCGGUCCAGCAACGCCCACGCUCACUUCUGGCUGGCAAGCCGAUAUGCACGAACAUCACACGGUCCACUUUAUUGAAGGCUCAGUAGCAGCCUCGACACCUACCUUGACCUUCUCAGACGACACUUUCGCCGCGCCACAACCAGCUUACGCCAAAGUACCUGCUUUCAGUCCUUUCAACAGUCCGCGUCUAUCGAAUGGCCCAUCUCCGAGGCUGUGUCCCGAAACGCCUGCUUCCUACAUUGCCGCUUCACCUCGUCUGCAAAGUGAGACCGGCAAACAAUACGGUCUGGGGCUUUCUAUUCCGUCCAGCUUGCAAAGUCCUAGUUUGGCCAGUCAAGCGGGACUGCUUUCACCUGUGCAAGCGCAAGUACCGAGUGCAGAUCUUGCUACACCAUUGCUCGCAACUCGGAAUAGCUCUCAAUGGACUCGUACGACUCACACUCCGCUGCGCAUCGUCGAGGACACACUGCCGGCCAAGCUGCUCUUCUGGACAGGCUUCUUUCUCGGACCGUGGACCUGGGCUAUCGGAGGUUGGUACUUGCGCAACGAUGGCGAAAUGCGCAACUGGCAGGGCGCCAUCUGUCGAUGUGUGGCAGACGAAGAGGCCUGUCAGCUUGAUGCUCAUCACGACUUGAAGCUGUUGGGCGUGCAGAUGAGCGAGCAUGGCUAUCGCGAAGACGCCAAGCACCAGCUCUCUCAUUCUGACUAUGCACGAUGGCUCGAUGUAGGCGAGACACGCAAGCCCGGGCCCGUGUUCUGGGUUCGCGCAAAUCGCGCAGCUGCUUCACUCAGCCUUCUCGCAGUGCUCGGAGUUGUAAUUUACACCAUCAGGCUCGCAAUUGUCGGAUAAAUGCAUCUUGUUAAGCCAUG